AUGAGCCAGGAAAAGCGUCAAAGAUCGGUAAAUUUUACAAAUGAGGAAAAAAUUAAUUUAUUGUACAUACUUAGGAAGCAUAAGAACAUAAUCGAAAAUAAAGAGACAGGUGGGGUUACUUGGAAGAACAAGGAAGAAGCGUGGAAAAAUGUUGAACGGGACUUCAGCAGUACCUCAUCCACGUCAAGGUCAGUAAAAGUCCUGAAACGAUUCUACAAUAAUAAAAAAAGAAAACACGGAAACAGGUUUCACUGCAUUGAAUUUAAUAGAGCUGGUGGUGGAAUGCCGAUUGUAGAGGUUAAAGAUGAUCCAGUUUUUAAUCUGACCCUGGACAUCAUUAAUAAAAAAACAGUGUUUGGGUUGCACAACAAAUUCGAUGAUGAUGCUGAAUCAGAUGUAGAACAAGAUGAACCUCCAACAAAAUUAUUGAUAUAUACACCAUCAUCAGGAAGGAUAGUGGGUGGUUCUUCAUCACCAUUAUCUACAGUGGCUAGUUCAUCAACAGCAGAAAGGGCAGCGAUUAGUAUUAAAAGUGGUGAUGGAAAGCGCAAACAUAAGUCACAUUUUCUAAAGGGGAAAAUGUGGCUUUAA